GAAAGCACGACACGCAGCAGCCUACCCACUCAGGUCAGGACAAGACAGUUACCGACAUCGACACCGACACUGGACUGUGGUAGAUUGACAGACGGAGAAGCCUAAAAAGAACUAGAGCAGAAGAAAACGAAGAGGGAAAGGGAAAGGGAGAGGGAAAGGGUAAAAUAAAAAAAGAGAGAGAACACUGGCAGACAGCCAAAUCUUCCUUGGACCACCUCCACCACCACUACUACUACCGCCGCUACCUCUCUGACCUCACCAAGUCUUCCUCCUCUCCCGCUUCUUCCUUCACCUCCCCAAAACAUCUCCCCCAAACGGCCCCUCGGACAGCAACCCACCAUUGCACCUCCAGCUUUACACACCCACCACCACCUGUCACUUUCUUUACCAGCAUUCACCUUCCAUCAUCAUCACCAUCAUCGUCAUCCAUCACCAUCGCCCCCCAUUCCCACCGCUGACUUAGCGUCCACUACAACUAGUGUCUUUAGAUCACCCUUUCCCCGUCCCGUCCCGCUUUCGACUGAGCAUAGAUUGUUCUUUCUUUCUUCAUUACUCUCCUUUUCUUUCUCUCUCUUCCUUUCUUUCUUCUUCCCUACAAACCCACCCAAAGCCGAGUAGCCAUGAGCAUUGAACUCGACCCCACCGAACUGGGAUUUGAACGUGAGAUUCCGGUAUCCUCGGUUUAGGCCGCAGCCUCACACGCUAGCUAUUGGUAGCUAACGAGCUUCAAUUUAGGCCCGUUCAACCACGAAGUAAUUCAAACACUUCAUAUCAGGAACCCCAACUAUGACCCUGUCGCUUUCAAGGUUCGUCGGACCCCGCGCUUCCCGCUUGGGGUCUUGCGUUUAUGCUAACAGCAUGAAUCUCUGGCUUUUAGGUCAAAACCACGGCUCCGAAACAGUGAGUGCUAUUUAGGCCUGCGUCACCCAGCUGUCUCCAGCCUACUUUAUCUUGUGUACUAACCUUGGCUAGGUACUGUGUUCGACCUAAUUCUGGCCGUAUAGAAGUUGGUAAACAGGUUGAAGUCCAAGGUACCGACUAUCCUUCCCAAUGUAUACCCAGGAUUUUCAUUAUGUCUCAUGCCGUGUUCAGUCCUUCUUCAAGCAAUGAAGGAAGAUCCCCCCGCCGAUUACAAAUGCCGCGAUAAAUUCUUAGUUCAAUCAGUUGCAAUCACUGCGGAUAAGGAGUACAACACUGUUGGGCAGAUUGUGAGUUUUCCUCUGUGAAACACUUCAAAUCGAUCCUCUCGUUUCUGAUACUCCCUAGUGGUCACACGUCGAGAAGAAUGAGAAAUCUGCCAUCCAAGAGAAGAAGAUUCGUGUAGUAUUCUUGCAACCAGGCGAAUUGUCAGCGCCUAAUGGUGACGUUCCGGUGAGUCUAUAUAGUUCUCCGAAUAGAAAGAAAAAUGGUGAACUGGCAUGACAGUAGCCUAACUAAUUUUCACGCGGCAGUUUGAACCUCACCAAUCUCCUCCGCCGUACUCCGAUCCCGCUCCAGCACAACACGAAGGCCCAUCCUCUCAUCAGUCUGUGGAGCCGAUCCCAAUUCCCAAGCCGGAGCCCAAGGCUGCUGAGUACAACAUGCCGGCUCAAAGUAGAAAUGUGGGUGGUCCGGAUAUGUCCAUCAAAUUAGCUGAGGCAGAAGCUACCAUCGCGAAACUGCAGCAGCAGCUCAAUGAACAGAAUACCCGUGAAGACCCAACCACUGCUGAGGCUCCAGAUUCCAAGGAGCUUAUGGCAGAAGGAGGUAUUGGUGUGGGCCUCGCUACCCACCCCCCGGAAGGUAUAUCCGUACAAGCCUGCGCAGCUAUGUGCUUGGCCGCAUUCUUUCUGGCCUAUUUAUUCUUUUAACCGUACAAGGUACUGGGGGACUCAGCCAAACCACCUAUCAUUUUCCAAUAUUUCCUUUGUAUACCUGAUGAGGCGUAACGUGCUGGAUUGUGUGGGAUUAUGGCAUUAUUGGCCAUGUUUAUUCUAUUUUUCCCCCCUUCCCAUUGCAAUUCCCCUUUCUCUGUACUCUACAAUGCUCCUAGGAGAUUUCGCGUUUCUUCCUCUCUGUUUUUGACAUUUGUCACCUCAUGUGCAUGUUUCAUAGGAUGAUUCUGAGCUUGCUCCCGUCGCUAUUUUAUAAGCACAGGGGUGAUGGAGGUGGGUCAAGGUAGUAACGAGUGUUCCUACACCUGCUCUUCGGCAACAUUUUAUUUCAUUUGUCUAGUUUCCGCUUAUCUUCAUUAGUUAUUGUCAUUGUCUUCUUUCUUUUUCUCCCCCCUGCUCUCAUAGCACGAUUUGAUACUACUUUGAUCCUCGACAAAGGUCAUAUGGAAGGAAACUCCGAAAGCACCGGUAUCCUCUUUAAUUUCGAGCAUAGUAGAAUAAAUUGUCGGUGUCGCCCACCCGAAUUAUGCCGUAAUUGGUGCAAUCUAGUGCCGGUAUUCGGGAAAGCGAGUACUUGUGUGUAUGAGUUUCUCCCUUUCUUUUCUGCUUCCCACUUUUUUUUUUUUCAUUUCUUUUUUUUCAUCGGAGCACAAUACCGUACUAUACCGCAUGCACGAUGUCGUACCGGUGCUGUAUAUAAGGUUGAGUAUUUGCACCAUCUGGAUGUCGUAUGCUGCCGUACCAGUUGUCUAGGUUGCAUGCGCAAUAGACAGACUGCAGUACCGUACCGGUACUCGAGCAGUGCCAAUACUCUAGUACAGUACAGUGUCAUCUGAGGGGUCUUUUUGCUUCCACAGGUGUUCGGCAUGUCAAGCCAACCUAACUGCUGCAACAACAAAGUUAGAAGCUUCGACAUCUGUGGGGAUUGUGUUUUUCAAUCAACCCAUCAUCGGAGAAAACAGGGCUUGGGAACGGUCUGCAUUCGUUCAACCGACCACCGGCACAAUAUUUCUCCUUCUCCUGCCGCGAGAAUUCCGCCCCACUUACCCCACCACUUCUGCCAACCUCCAAUUCCUCACAAAUACCCAGAAAAUCAUCGCUUCCGAGGUCCAAGAGGCGUCAAAACUCUCCCCCUCUCUCCAAUCGAUCACUCAAGCCUCUCUACCUCUACCUCCAUUUCUCUACCUCUACAAUGAGAGCCCCAGCCACAGAACGUCCCCUCACCGUUGGGCCCGCAGAAGGCCCUGAAGACCCUUUCCCACUGCGUCUCUCGGGCCCAGUAAUCAAAGGCUUCGGCCGCGGCAGCAAAGAGUUGCAGAUCCCAACGGCCAACAUACCAGUUGAGGGUCUUCGAGUCGGCGGUUGCGAGACCGUAGAGUCUGGCAUCUACUAUGGGUACGCUGGUCUCGACAUUCCGGCUACCACCACCGAUUACGACGACAACGACGACGGUGGCAAGGGCAAAAAGUUCACCACUACCACUACUACCGCCACGGAUAGCAAGGUUUUCCCCAUGGUCAUGUCCAUCGGCUGGAACCCCUUCUACAAGAAUUCUGUUCGCUCCGUUGAGGUGCAUAUUGUACACACAUUCCCUAAGGACUUCUAUGGUGUGCAAAUGAAUUUGGUUAUUUUGGGGUUUAUUCGGCCGGAGUUUGAUUAUGUUAGCAAGGAGGCGCUUAUUGAGGAUAUCAGAAUGGAUAUCAGGGUUGGUGUGAAUAGCUUAGAGAGGGAGGAGUAUAGAAAGUUUAGGGAUGAUCCCUACUUGAUCAACUUUAAAGAUUGAGUGGAUGGUUUCUUCUCUUCCCUUCCGCUCUUUUUUUGGGGGGGGGUUAUUCUAUUCUUCAUCGUUGUCAUACUCCUACUUUUAUUUAAGUACUUGGACUGGGAUUCCUGGUGUUGAACAAAAGGAAUCUUGGAUAGGUAUUGGGGUCUUAGAUGGAUACGGUAUUAAUGUUAUAUUCCUAGUCUUAUCUUUCUUUACGAUCAAUUUAUUGUCGGCUUUAAGC